AUGGCCACCUUCUCCCAUGGCAAGACAAGAAGUUUCUGUAUCAUUCUGGAUACCAUAUCCACUGGACGAUACGGUGGUGAUCCUGCUGAAUUUCCAGAUACUGUUUCUCUCUGCCUCAUGCAACUUAUAGCCAUCAUGGUCCUCGACCUUACAACCGGCUGGAUUUCCGGCAAUGUUGGAGAUGCAGAGGAAUUCUCGUGGUUCACUACCGCAAUAUCCCGUAAUAGCGCAUUUGCAACCAUCGUCAAUCUGACGUGCUGCGUAGUCGCCGGGAUAUACCUUGGUAUAGAUGGUGUCGCCGUUGGGGCCGAAGAUGAUGGAGAAGUCACCUUCGCUACAGAUGACGGGGAGAUGUUCAGCGAGGACAAGGAAGUGAGAGCUCCGAGACAGAAGGGCGCAAAGAGGAGAUAUGGUUAA